AUGGUUGUUGACAAACUCCCCUCUAUGCUGCCUGGCUAUGGCGGCAAUCUCAAGUUCGGGGCCACAAUCGGCCUUAUCUCUAUCGUUGGCAUAAUCUCAGUCUACAUUUACCUUGUGCCAACUAUAUUCACGGACUCUCGCCGAAAGAGCCUGCCACCAGGCCCUCGGGGACUGCCCUUCAUUGGCAAUAUGCUGGAUCUAGCCGACUCAGACCUGGUCCCGGAGAAAGUCCAACGGUGGUUUAAGAAGUACGGUGAUGUCUUCUAUACAAAAAUUGGUGGAAGUGACUACGUAUGGCUGUCGUCUCCGAAGGCAGUGAAAGAGUUGAUGGACAAGAAGUCCGGUGUCUAUUCCUCCCGUCCACCGCUUCCUCUGGCCCAAGACGUGGCAAGUGCCAGUCGGCGGCAGCUCUUCAUGGAAUACGGGCCACAAUGGAGAGGCAUUCGCAAAUUCAGUCACAACCUUUUGAACUCUCAAGCGGCCGUCAGCUACCAACCAAUACAGGACUUCGAGUCACUGCAACUGAUCUUUGAUCUGCUUCAGACUCCAGAUGAUUUCUACCAGCACAAUCGCCGGUACUCCUCUAGCGUCAUUAUGUACGUUACCUACGGAUAUCGACUACCUUCGUGGCAACACCCGUUGGUUACCAAGAUCUACAGUGUUCUUGAUAAUCUGACAGAAAUGACUGCCCCGGGUGCGCAUGCUGUCGACAGCUUUCCAAGCCUCAAGUACAUGCCUCAAUGGCUAUUAGGUAACUGGAAGAGCUUUGGGCAGCGGGUGUUCGAACAUGAUUCACGAGUAUACUUAGACCUGUGGGAGGAUCUUAAGAAGCGUGUUGACCAAGGCACGGCGCCGAACUGCUUCUGUAAGUCCUUCUAUCUUAACAAUCCCGAGAAGGCGGGCAUCGACAAUCUAGCAGCUGCGUAUACAUGCGGGGGGUUAGUGGAAGCUGGAAGCGAGACAACGGCAACGACACUAAAUAAUUGGUUACUUGCUAUGGCCCUGAACCCGGAAGUAGUGAAAAAGGCCCAGGAAGAACUGGACCGAGUGGUGGGGUUGGAUCGUCUGCCAACAUGGGAGGAUGAGCGGAAUCUGCCCUACAUCCGGGCGAUGAUCAAGGAAACUUUCCGAUGGCGGCCCGUGAAUAAAUUUGGCAUGAUGCAUGCCGCAAGUGAAGAUGACUGGUAUGAUGGGUAUUUUAUCCCGAAGGGAUCUGUCGUGAUAUUGAACUGGUGGGCAAUCCAUAGAAACCCGGACCUCUAUCCUAACCCUGAAAAGUUCCAGCCGGAGCGAUACCUGAGUCAUACCCUAUCGGCCGCAGAGUACAUCAACAUUUCUGAUCCGUAUGCCCGCGAUCACUUUACCUACGGCGCUGGCCGGCGCGUUUGUCCAGGUGUGCAUGUCGCAGAGCGAUCCCUGUUCAUCAAUGUUGCGCGUACACUCUGGGGGUUUGAUAUUCAGAAAAAGAAAGGGUUGAAUGGCCGGUUGCUGGAGCCUACAACGUGCAUGGUGCGCGGAUUCCUCAGCAUCCCUAAUCCAUUUUCCUGUGAGAUUACACCACGAUCGGCACACUAUGCCGAAUUGAUCCAGCGAGCUUGGAAGGAGGCUGAGAGCCUCCGCAGUCUAAUCCACUACAACCGGAACGAUGGUGACGACAGUCGGUAUCGCAUCCCCACAUUCUCCCCGGCUCUGACAUCCUCUCCGCACUUUUUCUGCCUUCUCUCCCCCACGCCCUAUCCAGUCCAACUUCAUACCGUCUAUACCGCCAUGAAGAAUCAUGAUGUCGCCGCUCGGAAAUGCCUUAAGUGUAAUCGUGUUUUUUCCAAAGUCGAGCACUUGAAACGCCAUCAACGCUCCCAUACGGGAGAACGACCGUUUAAAUGCAAGUAUUGCGGCAGGUCAUACGCGAGAAGCGAUGUUUUGAACCGACAUAUCCAGCAUUCUCAUUCAGCAGAUGAAGAACCUGCCGCAGCUAGUCCGCAAAGGUCUCCUGAAGUGGAUGACAUGCUGGAGGUGGCUAUUCCGCAGCUAGAUGUCGACUCUCACGAGGGCGAUACAUCAGUCAGACGAUCUCCCUCUAAUGCUAAUAAGAACACGGAGCCUCAAUGUCUGACUCCACAAGGCCCCAUUGUGAACGACUCAGUGAAUGAUGAAUGGAAUUCAACGAAUAUCAGCGAUAUUCCGGGACUCGGUAUCCGGUAUAGUCAAGCUCUGCCAGAAUAUGCCGAGAAUACUCAUGGCCCGGAAUCGAGGGACGACCAGCAUUUAUCACAACCAACAACUAUACCCAGUUCCCGGCAGCCGUUUGAUCCGUUUGAUCCACAUAUAAACCCGUCCCUGAAUAUGGUGCAACCAUCUGUACCCGACGAAGUGUCCCUUAUGAUGCCCCAAAAUGUGGACUUUAGCUCUUUUUUGCUAGAUGGUGUACUCUUGACACCACAAGCCUCCGGAGAACACCGGCUCACCCAUCUCCAGAAGGAUAAAAUAUCAAACGAACAAUUUGAGCAGGUACGACGGCUCUGGCCUACACGGCGUCGGAGAGCCACGCUCUCGCCGUCUUUUGUCUGUUGGGAUGACAUUCUUCUCCACCCCGAAGAUAACAUUUUCUCCUCAACUUCACUAAAGGCAUUGGGAAGCGCACGGCCGACUGGGUCACCAUGGGAACUUACAGAGGCUUGUCGGGACCGCUUGGCUCAAACUAUGACCCGUUACGCUUCUGCCAGUGUGAGGCAACCGGAUAAUUCCUACAGCGCCUUCCCACCCUCCUACGGGCCCUUCAAUGGUGAACCGCCUCCUACCGACAUUCUAGACCUUUAUCUGGAUAUGUACUUUGGUCAAUUUCAGGUUCAUCUGCCAUUUGUGCAUCCCGGCACAUUCAAGGCCCGCGAUACUCCUAGUAUCUUGCUAUUUCCGAUGUGUUUAGUGGGUAUGAUGAUCCUCAACCGAGAAGCAUCUCGCAGGUUUAUUGCAGAUUAUCUACCGGGUGCCAUUCGCCAUUGCAGAACAGAACUCACAUCCCAAAGCCUCCGCCACUGCCCAGGACCGGAGGUCUUAACUGUCCUGGGCAGCGCUUGCCUAGUCUUGUUUAUCGCAGCGUCAACAGCCGAAAUGGCCUUUGAGGAACAACGGCAGGCACUAUACGAGGAGGCCUUAUCUUUGUCGUAUAAAAGAGGACUAUUCGGUACAUGCAGUUACAACUCUAGCCUAAUAGAAGCCGUGGGAGAUAAUGAUAUUACGUGGAAGGCAUGGUCUCGCAUUCAGUCUGCGCAACGUCUUACAGCCUGUCUGAUUCUGACUGACGUGUACUCAGCACACAUGCUAGGUACUUCGCCUAUUUUGUCUCCUGCGGAGCUACACAUCCCACUUAUGUGCAAUGAUGAGUUAUACAAUGCCCACACGUCUCGUAAGUGGAAAUUUCUCAUUGAGCCGGGAGACCCAUGGAGCGAAGCAUCUUCUAUGGUACUCAAUAUACACAACCUCCCAGGCGGACUCACAGGAAUCGGGCUUCAAACAGCUCUGGCGGUAAUCUGGCUUCAUAUUGUUAGGUCUCAUCGCCAGUUGGAUAGCCAGAUGCAUUUUGAGCCUGGAUCUCAGACUCCAUCCUAUGCCACCCUAUCGCGCGAGAAGACAGUCAACAACACUGAUCUGCAACUUGGAUACUGCCUAGUUUCGGCCUUUCAUGUCUAUGAACCAGAGCUCAAGGCUGGAAAUACGAAUUCAUUGAUUCUAUGGCAUUUUCAAUGCCUCCAGCUUACAGCUGAUCUUGGAAUAAUUGAGGAUGCGGCUGGUCGCAAUGGUCCUGAAGCAGCGAAGAUAGCUGUUGAAGGUUUGAGGCCAUGGGCAGCGUCCCCUGGUGCUCGUCGCGCCUGCCUGCAUGCGGCUCAGAUGUUCGUGAUCAUUAGCCAUCAUCGUAAAUCCGAUGGCGUCAUGCUACAUACCGAAAUGGCAUUAUUUAAUGCGGCUCUAGUCCUAGGAUUUUAUCUUUUCAUAUCUCCAACCUAUAACGCGGAUGACCGCCGAAGCUACAACCUACUCGAAGAAGUGGAUUGGACCCAAGUCGAGACCUUGGGCUUUUAUUCACAUCUCCCUCACGCAGUCGUAUCUUCCCCCGCUUGUGAGGCCGCUGCAUUCAUCCGAGAUGGGGGUCCCGUUUGCUUCAGCGGUGCCGAAUACAGCGAUCCGUUCGGUGCAGCUCGCAGGUCAUUCAUGAAUGUUGGGUUUCAACUUGAGGAAGUGGGGAAAUGGAAUGUUCAGGAGUAUUGUAGGGUGCUGCGGAUAAUUAGUGACACGUUAUUUACAUCGGAGGGUCAAAAUACCGUAUCAUGA